GUGGCGGGCCGGGCGCAGUGCGCGCCAGCCAAGGGGGCCAGGUACACGGUGUUUCCUCCGACACAUUGGUGCGGCUGGCUUCCGGGUUGGAGGCGCGCUGUGUUAAGAAGCAGUACGGCUGGUUGUGCUUCGGAGGACGCAUGGCUUUCGACCUUCGUCUCUCCCGAGCCCGUACGGGAGUUGUAGCGAAGAGACAAGGUAGUAAUUAAUAGCGAUUGGAUACCAUGAAAAUUGGGGAGAAAAUGGGAUAAAAAAAAAUAAAAAAUAAAAAAAAGGAAAUCAAUUAAUUCGGCCCUAGUCUAUGGAUUUCACAUUACUGGUAAUACAAAUAUGCAUCUAUUGGUCUGCCAUCUGCCCGGUACAGUUUAAAUCAGGAUUAAUCCGUGAAGAGCACAUUUCUCCAGCGUUCUAGUGGCCAUUGAAGGUGGAGAAGCCGGAUGUGGAGGUCCUGAGCUGGCGUGGCUACACAUGGUCUGCAAUUGUGAGGCCGGUUGGAUGUACUGCCAAAUUAUCUAAAAUAGCAUAUGGUAGUGAAAUGAACAUUCAAUUAUCUGGCAACAGCUCUGGUGGACGUUCCUGCAGUCAGCACGCCAAUUGCACGCUCCCUCAAACCUUGAAACAUCUGUGGCAUUGUGUUGUGUGACUAAACUGCACAUUUUAGAGUGGCCUUGUAUUGUCCCCAGUACAAGGUGCACCUUUUUAUCGAUCAUGCUGUUUAAUCAGCUUCUUGAUAUGCCUCACCUGUCAGGUGGAUGAAUUACCUUGGCAAAGAAAAAAUGCUCACUAACAGAGAUGUAAACAAAUUUGUGAGAAAUAAUAUUUAUGUGCAUUUCAGCUCUUGAAGCUAGGGGGCAGAAUUUUUAUGUUUGGAAAAAAUAACGUUCCCAAUGUAAGCUGCCUAUUCCUCAGGCCCAGAUGCUAGAAUAUGCAUAUAAUUGACAGAUUAGGAUAGAACGCACUCUAAAGUUUCCAAAACUGUCAAAAUAUUGUCUGUGAGUAUAACAGAACUGAUUUUGCAAGCAAAAACCUGAGGAAAUCCAACCCGGAAGUGCCUCUUAUUUUGAAAAAUCCCGUUAAAGGGAUCCGUGCGCCAAGAGGUUAUGAAACAUUGGACCAGCACUUUACAUGUUGUGUUUAUAUAUUUGUUCAGUGUAGAUUCUCCCUCUUUCUAGGUUUCUAACUGAUAUUUUCAUCUCUGUCACAACUGCUGGCAUUAGGUUUGCUGUUUAUAACUGUGUUUUCCGCUAAUUGUAUUUUGGCAAAUUUAGAAAAUUGUGUUUUAUUAGCUGCUUCAUUACAGGAGUUGCAUGUUCUAUAAUAGGCUAUAGCAUUUUGACUGUAAGACAAUAGGCUUGCUAUUGUUGCAUGUUUCCAUUAAGCUCAUAAUGAAAAAUGUUCGAUCCUCAUGUGCAUCAGAGAGGAAGAGGCUAAGCAAGAGGUUUCACACUCGCAAAAAUCUGUCCAAAAUUAGCCCAAUGCUUUUAUACGGGCUUAUUUUGGGCCUAAGCUUGUCGCCUGCCUUCUCGCCUUGGGACGACUACCAUUGUUAGGGCGGAAACAUAAGCAUGUCUUCAUUAUAUACAGAUUUCUUAUAGUGUUAUCUGUUGGUCAUGUCAUUUUAGUGUUUGGAAAAAAUGUAACCGUUUGUUGACCAGUUAAUGAGGGUCAGUUAGUCGGCAGCAAAAUUUACAGAAAUUAGCAUCCCUAUUACGAAUUUGCAAAACGCAUGAAUUCUAGCUAGGUGGAUAACGUUAGCUAUCUCACGAAUGUUAGCUAGGAUAGGGGUUAGGGUUACGUUUAGGAGUUAGGUUAAAUGGUUAAGGUUAGGGUUGGGGUUAGGGGAAGGGUUAGCUAAAAGGGUUACGGUUAGGGUUAUUAUUUAUUUUAAAAUUAUGUAAUGUGUUUUUUUUGUUAUGAUAUUUGUGUCAAGGUGCAAUUAGCUUCAGUCUCUCAAAGCUAUGAAUUACUCUGAUGUAUACAACAACUUGUCUCGCACAUAAUUGUGAAAUGUCUGGCCUCUGUUGGUCUGUUGUGCUCAGCUGAAGCCUUUACAUUCAAGUAGUAACUUAUCUCACUUCUCUCAGACCCAGUCAAUCCCAUCCCAGACUUGGAUUGGUGUUGGUGAUGCAACAACUGAGCAGUUAAAAGCAGUAAGUCAUGUAUAGUUUUGACUGUACUGCUGGAGUGUGAGGGGUUAACGGCAGCCUGCCUGCAUCUAGUGGCCGUGCCCUCCCUGGUCAGUGGUCAGUCAGUGUAAGACACACUUUGUUUGGGACAGAAAGGCCUUGUGAGAAAGGGAAUGAGUGUGUCCGUGCCAGCCAGAGAGAAGACACAAGGUCAGUAAUCCCCCGCCUUUCACUCUGAAAUAGCACAGAUAACAAAAUGCAUGAAAUUAUUUGAUAUAUACACUUUUAUCCAAUUGACAUUUUUCCCCCAUUAAAGUUGAUGUAUAAAUAAAUUACAUGUUACGACCUUUGUUUCCAUUCAACUGACUUGUGAAGUCUGUCAUCACUUUUGCUAUCACGAUGGACGGAGAUGACGUUAUCUUUGUAUCCCUAUUACACAAAGGACACAUUAUGGUGCCCAUUUGACUUGUCGUGUGACCAGAGAGUUUGACCUAAUUUUGUCCCGCAUGUGGUUGGAUAUAAUGCAAAAUAAAAUUCACAACACUUACACUAACUUUCAGAAGCUGAUUGUAGACUGAUGUUAAGACCAGAGUAGCUGCUCUGAGUUCACCGAGAGAGCCGCAGAGGAGAAGCACCGUAGCUGCAACUGUAGGUGGAAAGAGACUGAACAAAUACAGCAACCUAAUUCUCCAGAUUCCUGCUAUUUGAUUGACCAAGGAAACAAAAUUGACAGAUUGACCACCAAGGAUUUUAUCUGUUUACGGCACUAACUGGACAUUGGAAUUGUGGAGAAACUCAAUGCAUUGGAGUGUCAUGGAGAUGAUGGGGAAGAGGGAAACCUCAUGAUAUUCCACUUGAACGAUUGUACUUAUGAAAGUUCCUAGAUAAAGGCGUCCGGCAGUUCAACAGGAUCGGUGAAGGUCAUUCACUGGAGAGAUGGGGAUGCUGGCCAGAUCCACUCUAUUACUACUGUUAUGGCAAGGACUGUCUGCCAUUGACGUCCCACUGGAAAUCAGACAGCCCCCCACCAUUAUAAAACAGUCGUUGAAGGAUCAUGUCGUGGACCCCAGAGACAACAUGGUCGUUGAGUGUGAAGCCAAAGGCACCCCUCACCCAAUUUUCUCAUGGAGGCGUAAUGGGAAGUAUUUCAAUGUGGCACGGGACCCUCAGGCCUCGAUGAGGAGACGUUCGGGGACGCUGGACAUCUAUGCCUGGGCUGACCCGGAGGCUUAUGAGGGGGAGUACCAGUGUGUUGCCACCAAUGAGCAUGGCACUGCAUACUCAAACAAGAUCAACCUACGCAUCUCUAGGGCCCCUCUGUGGCCCAGAGAGGUGUUGGAACCGGUAACGGUGAGUGUUGGUCUUCCUCUGGUCUUGGACUGCAGCCCUCCUCCAGGCCCUCCCAAACCUGAGACCUAUUGGAUGAGCAAGUGUUCAUCAGGGAGACCUUUCAACUGGCCUCACCAGCCCCACCCCCCAGUCAUGCUGCCUAUCAAACAAGACCGUAGAGUGUCUAUGGGGGUGAAUGGAGAUCUCUACUUCUCUAAUGUCUACGUCAAUGACUCUGCCACCGACUACUGCUGCAACGCACGCUUCCCCUACAAAAACAUCAUCCAACAGAAGAUGCCUAUUACCGUAAGAGUCCUUACAACCCGCAUGGUGUCUGAGGCCGCUCCCACCUUCCUGUCUCCAGCCGGGAGGUCCAGCUCCCAGACUGUUCUGCAGGGGGAGGAGCUGCUCCUCGAGUGCAUCGCUGCUGGAGUUCCAACCCCUGUCAUCACAUGGACCAAAGAUGGAGAGGAACUGGACACGACCAACAUGAAGGUGAAGAACUACAACAAGUUACUGCAGAUCUCUAAGGCCUCUUUUGAGAACUCUGGUGAAUACACGUGCACUGCCACAAACAAGAUUGGAUACCUGGAACACACCAUCACUGUCCGGAUCAAAGCGGCUCCGUUCUGGUUGGAAAAGCCCAGUAACCUGGUGCUUGCCCCAGAGGAGAAUGCACGCUUAGUGUGCCGCUCUGACGGCAUCCCCCGGCCCAGUAUCCGUUGGUUCAUCAACGGAGAUACAAUAGAGGAUGCUACUCCAGUCCCAAACAGGGAGGUGUCAGGAGACACAAUUACCUUCCGCUCUGUGACUGUGGCGAACACUGGUGUUUACCAGUGCAAUGCCUCUAACCAGUAUGGCUACCUGUUUGCCAAUGCCUACAUCAACGUACUGCAUGCAACGCCACGUAUCCUUAGGCCUAGGACUGAUCUGGUGAAGGUCAUUGAGGGCAGACGCGCCUGGCUAGACUGCCGCUAUUUUGGCUCGCCCGUGCCUGAUCUGCGCUGGUCUAAGUAUGGACUGGGCAACCUGGAGGGGAAUCACUUUAAAGUACACAGCAACGGGACACUACAGAUCAGAGGCACCCGUAUGGAUGACCAGGGGACAUAUGUGUGUAUUGUCAGCAACAAGGAAGGACGAGAUGAAAACCAGGUCAAACUAGAGGUCAAAGAGUCCACCAAAAUUCUCAAACGCCCAGAUAAUAUGAGAGUCCUCCGGGGGACUGAUGUCCGGUUGGAGUGUAAGGCCCAACAUGACCCCACGGUCGCCAUCACCACCACCUGGCUGAAGAACAAACAGUUCCUCAUCAUAGGCUGGAGGCUGUCGCUGGAUGAAUCAACUCUGGUCAUCACAAACGUCAACAGAGGAGACGAGGGCAAUUACACCUGCAUCAUCAAGACUGAGAUGGACAAGAACACUGCCUCCGCCCGCCUGGUGGUGAUGGAUCGUCCAGACCCCCCUACAAACUUGCAGUUGUCGGACCCCUUUGAGCGCAGCGUCAGGCUUACCUGGACCCCUGGAGAUAGCAAUCACAGUCCUAUCAAAGAAUACCUGGUGCAGUAUGAUGAUGAUGACUGGUUACCUUUCAAGUGGAGAAACCUUUCCACGUACCCCGGAAACUUGAACUCUGUCAUUCUGCAACUGUCACCAUUCAUUAUCUAUGAAUUUAGGGUCAUUGCUAUCAAUGACAUUGGUAUGAGUAAACCCAGUCGCUCGUCAGCCAACUUCCAGACUGGUGGAGCACCUCCAGACGCCAUCCCUAAAAACAUCCAAGGAGUGGGAACAUGGAGAAACAACAUGAUGAUCAGCUGGGAGGCACUAAACAACAGAGAGUGGAACGGUCCCCACCUAAAGUACUUGGUGUGGUGGAAACGGAGGGAUUCCAGGGAGGAGUGGAAGAACGCUACCACUUGGUGGUGUAAAUACUACAUCUAUGACACAGACACCUUCACACCAUAUGAGAUAAAGGUCCAGGCUGUCAAUGACUUUGGGAUGGGCCCAGAGUCCACUGUCAUCAUAGGCUACUCUGGAGAAGACCGUCCCACUGCUGCCCCCCUCAACCUGCGUGUGUCCAGGAUAGAGGCCACUAAGGUCACCGUGCACUGGGACCCCGUGGCUCGCAGCAGCAUCAUGGGAGAACUGAAGGAAUACAAGGUGUACUUCUGGCGAGACAGUAGCCAGCUGAGGUGGCUGAGUGUGAGCAGGGCCAUGAAGUCUAAAGCCUUUCCAGCCAGCGGGCCGCGUCUCUCUGGUGUCCUGCCGGGACUCAUCCCUUACAGCAACUACAAGAUGUACAUAGUGGUGGCCAACAACCGAUACGAGGGACAUCCCAGUAACACCAUAGAGUUCUCCACUCCAGAGGGAACACCCUCUGCUCCAAGAUCCUUCAGAAUCCAGCAGAGAAAUUUGGACAUGAUCUGGGUGGACUGGGACACUCCUGCAGAGCCCAAUGGCAUCGUCACCGGAUACAUACUCAAAUAUCAGACAGUGAACGCAACUCAGGGGGAGGAAUUGCACGUUGAGCAAUUUCCCCCAAACACCACCAGUUUUGCUGUUCGCCGAUAUGAUCGCUACACCCGCUAUAGAUUCACCAUAGCAGCACAGACUAGAAUCGGGGUAGGAGAAUGGUACACAGAGGAAUCACCCCAUUAUACAACUGAAGCUUAUGCUCGGGAGCAGGUGGACCUCUCCACUCAGGGCUGGGUAAUUGGAGUGAUGUGUGCUGUGGCUCUCUUCGUGCUCAUCCUGCUGGUCGUCUGCUUUAUCAAAAGGAGCCGAGGGGGCAAAUACCCAGUACGGGACAAGAAAGAAGUGACAUUGGAGCCAGUGGAUGACAAAGAUCAGGAGGGAUCAUUUGACUAUCGGAUAAGUCGUGUCACCACCAUUCCCUACUCUGCCCGACGGGAGGAAGAGACUAAAGUUGGUAGGGGCCAGACGACAGUAGACACCAUGAUGAAACGGACAGAUAGUGACGACAGUCUGGUGGACUAUGGUGAUGGACAGGAGAUUGAGUUCAACGAGGACGGCUCCUUCAUUGGCCAGUACACUGGACACAAGGAGAGGGAUGACAGAGACACAGAGUUCAGUGAGAGCAGGAGCCAGGAAGCCCACUCCCCGAUGGCCCACUCCCCCAUGAGCCCCAUCUAUUCAUUUGCAUAAGGAAACAAGACGUACAAUGGGUGUUACACUCAGACUGGGUCCGGAAUGAACAUUGCCCACUAGCGCCUCUAUAAACAGUUGUAUACGUGAAUCAGACUGGGUCUGGAAUGCCCACUGCCCACUGACUGGGGGACACAGGUGUUCCCAAGCAAAUCCACCAUCUUCUUCAAUCCAGGCACACAAGAUGAUGUGGUUGGAGCCUGGUAGUGUUCCUCUAUUCUCAUGCUCUGCAUUGACACUGGGUUGGUGCUGUAAAUGCAAUACAGCAGCAAUUUAACAAAAAUAUGAAGGUUAUAGUUAGUCUGGUUACAGUUACAUUUAUGAAGUUGUAAAAAGUACAUGCUUAUCAGGUGUAUUUUGUAGGUGUGGAAGUGCAUGCGUACAUGUUGAUGUGCGUGUGUAAUAUUCCUACUAAUGGAGAGAUAUUGACUGCACAUUAGGCAGAGGGAUACAUUGAUAAGUUUAUCAUGUUGAUAAAAGCAGUGACACCUGGUAGAGAAACUAUUUAUAUGAUAAAUAUUAUUUAUAUGAUGAUUUAUAUGACAGUGGGAGAAAAAUCUUAAUUUACGAUUCACUGCUAAGUCACCAGUUUAGGCCUGGCAGGAUUGCUAAGUAUCCUUUUAACUUUAUCUCUACCUGAUGGCAGUAAAUAUAGUACCACCUUUAGGGCUCUGUGCCCUUGACUUGUUUGUCUGUUUGUCUAAACAUUGAUCUGUGAAUCUUGGCUGAUGUUGUUGUUGGUAUGAUGACACAUUGUCAUUGUGUACACACAUUUCAGGACUGUGGGCUGCUUCAGCAUCUUUCAAAGCUAGACAGAUGUCAUCUGUAGCCUUGAAAAUGUCUGGACAGCAAAUUGUCUACUUUUGGGUGUGAGCAGGAAGUGUAAACACAGACAUAUCCGUAAUAUCCCUAAACAUAUCCCUAAUCAAUGUCUCUAGGACCAUACUGUACCUUGUUAUCCCCUGUGCACUUUUAUUUGUAGGAAUUUGUGUAAUUGUAAUGUGGUGAGCUACAGUAUUUAGAAGUUGUAAAUGCUAUGAUAUUAUUUAAUCAUUUAUUUACUUUCUGCUUAUUAGUAAUGUUCCUUGUGAUUUUGACAAUAUUAACUGAUAGAGAUUUACCUUGUACUCGUGGUACUCUAAUUAAUACACAAAUAGAUUAAAACACUGUUCUAAUGACAUGAAAUGCUCAAGGCCAGCUGCAUUUUUCCAUCAUGAGUAAUAGUGUUGAAAGUACAAUAUGGAGGAGCAGUAGUACAGUAUCAUCAUGUUCUCAAAUGAUAUGGUGCACACGGCAUACUGUAUAUUAACCUUCCAGUCAGGGACUAUGAAUCUGCAACAUCGUCAGUAACAUUAGUGGGGGAAAGCUGCCAGGUGAUUCAGAGCUGUAACAGACGCCGUAUUUCAGCCAUAAUUUAGUUUUUUUUAACUGGCACUUGUACAAUGCCUUCAGAAACUAUUCACACCCCUUGACUUUUCCACAUUUUGUUGUUACAGCCUGAAUGUUAAAUGGAUUAAACUGAGAUGUUGUGUCACUGGCCUACACGCAACACCCCAUAAUGUCAGUGGAAAUGUUUCUUCAACAAAUUAAUUAAAAAUGAAAAUUUGAAA